AUGGCGGAAUCUGGGGCCCCCAACCAGGGCGAGCCAUCCCGGCAGAGGGCUCUGGCCCUGGGGGGCGCUGUGGGGCUGUACUACACCGCGCGGUGGCACCUGCGCGCCCAGGAUCUCCGCGCCCAGCCCUCCGCCGCGCAGCUCUCCCUGUCCGACCGCCUGCAGCUGACUCUGUACCAGUACAAAACGUGUCCCUUCUGCAGCAAGGUCCGCGCCUUCCUCGACUUCCACGCCCUGCCCUACCAGGUGGUGGAGGUGAACCCUGUGCGGAGGGCGGAGAUCAAGUUCUCCACCUACAGGAAGGUGCCCAUCCUGCUGGCCCAGGAAGGAGAGAGCCUGCAACAACUGAACGACUCCUCUGUCAUCAUCAGCGCCCUCAAGUCCUACCUGGUGUCGGGGCAGCCCCUGGAUGUCAUCAUCACCUACUAUCCACCCAUGAAGGCCACCAAUGACCAGGGCAAGGAGGUGACCGAGUUCUGCAACAAGUACUGGCUCAUGCUAGACGAGAAGGAGGCCCAGCGCAUGUAUGGCGGGAAGGAAGCGAGGAUGUGAGUGGGGCUGGGGCUGCGUGGGGAGGUGGCACGGUGGUGGUGGGGGGUGCACCUCAUCUCCCCAAACGUGUACCGCACGCCCGCCGAGGCCCUGGCUUCCUUCGACUACAUUGUCCGCGAGGGCAGGUUCGGGGCAGUGGAGGGCGCCAUGGCCAAGUACGUGGGCGCAGCUGCCAUGUACUUCAUCAGCAAGCGGCUCAAGAGCAGGCACCACCUCCAGGAUGAUGUGCGUGAGGACCUAUACGAGGCUGCCAACAAGUGGGUGGCAGCUGUGGGCAAAGACCGGCCCUUCAUGGGGGGCCAGAAGCCCAACCUGGCUGAUCUGGCGGUGUAUGGUGUGCUGCGCGUGAUGGAGGGCCUGGAGGCCUUCGACGACCUGAUGCGACACACCCGCAUCCAGCCCUGGUACCUGCGGGUGGAGAAGGCCAUCGCCGCCGAGGCCCUCCAGUGAGGCCCCCACCCCCGACCACCAGAGGAACCGGAGACCCAGGAGACGCAGCUGCCGGCACCAGGGCCCCCGAACCAGCACUCGGCGAUGCUGUGCAGGGUGACGGUCAUUCUACCUCUUGUCCACGCCCACCCCACAGCAUUCUAACACUGGACGCCUGCGGGGGCCCUGGGGUGCUGGGGACACCGCCCCCCCAGGGCACAGGGAGGCUACCUCCCUCCUCCCUGCCCCGGGCUCUCAGCGGCUGCCCUGCCUGACCCUGUGAGUGGGAACUGGGUUGGGCCCCGCCUGGACAAGGAAUAGGGAC